AUGCAGCAGCUUCCACGCACACAAGCCGUGCCCGCAGGCGCUUCCUCUCCGCCACCUCCGCCGAGCGACCUUCCGACCGUUGUGCGCACGACGUCCGCAUCGUCCGCGGCAACCUCGAACUCGGGCAAAGAGUCCUCAGAGCGUCCCUGCACCCAGCCCGCGCGCUCGCCCGACUUCGGGUCGCUCCGCACUCGAUUACCCAUUGCACAAGAAUCUCGCGUGAAGAUGCCCCCCAGCACGAGCCCAGCACCCAUGGAGCCGCGUAGCUACGCCGACGUUGUGAUACAGCGUAAUCACCCUGCGCUCCAGAACCGUGGUGGCGACGCGUCGACGGAUGAUACCCAAGGCAGUGGUGCUGUCUAUGCGAACACGCUGCAGCGCGUCCCCGCGCCGCAAGUCCCCGCGCCGGUCGCAGACACUCGUUUCGCGGAUGCCAUGCCCGCUCUCCGCAAGCCGAUUCGAACCAGGGGUAAAAGGGCAAAAGGCAAGUCCAGCUCGUCCGUGAAAGAUGGCGAAGGUGGCGUACAGAAGUCCGAGGCGCCCCGCCUAGAUGGGGGAUCUACAGAUCAAGCUAUGCACGCAAUUGUCUUGUGGGACUUCAAGCGUCAAGCUUCAAGGUCCAUGAGAUAA